ACAUUAUCCGCAGGUGUAUUGAUGAUGGAGCAUGGAGCCAGGACGUGCACAAAAGGCCGCUGGACCGUUGGCUUGGCUUUCCUGCAAACCUUCCAUGAGACCAACUGCUUGUAUUUCUCAGCUGCGAGUCUCGUGCUGUACGACUAUGCUCUGACUAUAGGCGACGAAUACUGCUACAUGUGGAGCACCAGGAUAUCGUUCGCGUCCGGGCUGUAUUACGCGCUCAGAUAUUCUGCAGUCAUGAUCGCCUGCGCCUCGAUAAUUUCAACUAUCACCUACGCAAGUUGGCCUGGCUGGCUGGUGAGCUUACACCUCACGUUCUCGAUAUUAGCCUUUGUGGCAUUGCGCAUGUACGCCAUUUACGACAGAAACAAGCUAGUCUACGCAUUCGUUUUGAGCCUAAGUCUUGUGAAUCCGAUCCUGACAAUGUACUCGUUCGUGGUGAUAAUACCGCAAGUCCAACCGCUGCCCGACAAUCAAAAUACGUGCUUAUAUAACACGCGGAUAUCAGAGAGGGUUAUCGGCGGCAGGGCAGCAUCUAUUUGCGCAGAUGUUGUUGUCCUACUCCUUACUUGGUGGAGAAUGAGACCGCAUAGUGGUGCCGAUAAGCGACGGCUGCAUGGCUUGAUGCUCAUGGAUAGUACGAUAUUGACCAUCGUCAACGCGGUAAGCAUUGCUGUCAGCCAUGUCGAUACUAUUUCUUUCACAGAACCAUUCACAAUCUGGGCAGCUAUGAUGACGUCCAUCCUUCUGUCACGGUUGACGCUUAAUCUGCGCGGAGGCUACGCAUCAGAAGAUGGAACAACAUAUUCGAACACCUUCACCUCCAUGGUCUUCGCUGCGCGUACGGGAGGCAUCCCCGACGAAUAUCCGGCCGAUGAAUACCUUGACGAAUCAUCGAGUGAUGUAGAGAUGGUUCGCAUGGGUGAAAAUACAGAAGAGAUAGAGGCUGGUCCUUCCGAGCCCCAACGUAGUGUGGAUUGAUCAGCCGAGGUUAUUUGUAAGAAUGUAUGGCGACUAGACAAUAUCCACGACAAUGUCCGCGUGGCGUGAACGCCGGUGGAAAGACAAUUUAUUUGAUAAACAAUGUAUUUCCGAAAUGUCGGCGCUG